AUGGACGCGAUCAAGAACGCCAUCGGCGAGAACUUUGGUGGCAAGGCCCAGGAGCUUUCGACCCACCAGUUCAGUCUCGACGAUGUCCCCGACCUUAGCGGAAAGGUCGCCGUCAUAACGGGCGGCAGCGAAGGCAUCGGAUACGGGUGCACGCACACGCUUCUCAAAAACAACAUCGCCAAGGUCUACAUCCUGUCCGUGUCCGAGGAUGUCGUCAAGGGCGCGAAAGGAGUGAUAGCCAAGGAAAUGGGUGAAGAUGUUGCCAACAAAACCAAAUGGUUUAAUUGCGACUUAUCCGACUGGAAGAAGACCAAGGAAGUUGCCGAGCAGAUCAAGAAGGACACCGACCGACUAGACAUCUUGAUUAACAACGCGGGAAGAGGUAUCAUGGUAAGCAGUUCUACCUACCAGCUGACCGACUACGGAGUCGAUCGCCACAUGGCCCUGAAUCACAUGGGCCAUGUGAUUCUGACGUCUCACCUACUUCCCUUGAUGAAGGAGACAGCCGAGAAAGGUAACGUAGUGCGAAUCUCCAACCAGGCCAGCAACGCACAUCAAGCCGCACCGAGCGACACCAAGUUCGAGAGCCUCGAAGAGCUGAACCAGGAUCUGGGACCCAAUGGACAGUACGGUCGAAGCAAGCUUGCCGGCAUCCUGUACGCUCGGUACUUCGCCAGAAAGGUGACCAACGCCGGCCACCCCAACGUGUUGAUGAACGCGACACACCCCGGCUUCGUGAGCACCAAGAUGAGCAAGGAGGACAUCCACGAGCCCUACCCGCUUGCGGGAUACGGCAUGUCCGUUGCCAUGGAGCCGUUCAAGAAGGACCAGUUCCAAGGUGCUGUGCCGACCAUGUACGCGACGACGGUCACGAAGGAGUCGGGCAAGUAUUACUGUCCGCCGGCAGUUCCGGAACCCGGCAGCAAGCUGGCCCAAGAUGAUGAGCUCGCAGACAGGCUGAUGGAGCUCACCCGGAAGGUGGUGAUGGAGAAGACGAAACGUGAUUCGGCUGAUCAGGGAUGCCCCUUUGAUGACUUGGUCCUCCACUAG